GAGUGCCCCACCGGUAUUGUGAACGAAGAGACCUUUAAGGAAAUAUACGCACAGUUUUUUCCACAGGGAGACGCCACAGCGUACGCACACUAUGUCUUCAACACAUUUGACCACGAUCACAACGGCUCCAUCAGCUUUGAGGAAUUUGUAAUGGGCCUGUCGGUAUUAUCAAGGGGCACAUUCCAGGAACGAUUACAAUGGGCCUUCAGUUUGUAUGAUGUAAAUGGAGAUGGCAUCAUUACCAAAGAGGAAAUGCUGGAUAUUGUGACAGCAAUCUAUGAAAUGAUGGGUCGGUAUACGGAGCCGUCCAUUGACUCAACAACAGCCAGGGAACACGUUGAGCGUGUCUUUCAGAAAAUGGAUGUCAACAGGGACGGUGUCAUCUCAGUGGAGGAGUUUAUGGAUACCUGUAGAAAGGAUGAAAACAUUUCCAAAGGGAUGUCCAUAUUUGAUACAGUUCUAUAA